GCAUUAGGCCUGUUGUGUUUUUUUGUGUGAAAAUUAGUUUUUUAUUACUUUUUAACGACACAAAUAGGCGACGAUGACCUUUACUAUGUUAACUUUAGUUUUAUUUCUGGUUUUCGGAUUUCCGGCGGUGACUGGAGAUAAACACUCUCUGUUGUAUCUCUACACCAUGGAGUCUAAAAACUCUGAUUCUCAUCUCUACGACUGCACUGCUGUAACUCUGCUGAACUACAGACAGAUAGAUUUCUACAACAGCAGCUCAGAUAAACCCAGAACUGCUAAACAGAACUGGCUGAAGAACAUUUCUGAAUCUGACUGGAAAACCAUCACUGAGAAACUGCAGGGUGAUAGAGAGCUGCUAAAUAAACUCCUCGACAUUCAGAUGGCUGAGUUUGGACACUCUCACUCAGACGAUCAUGUUCUUCAGUGGAGGCACGGCUGUGAGGGUGAACAGAGUUCUGAUGGAUCUCUGACUGUAUUAAACAGUAUUAAUGAAUUCGGUUAUGAUGGAGAAGAUCUGAUUCAGUUUAACUGCACCUCUAAAACCUGGAUAACCCCGGAGGAGGAGAAGAACAGAGAGAGGGAGGAGGAGAAGAACAGAGAGAGGGAGGAGAAGUGGAGUAAAAUCAAUCAGUACACAGCUGUUGAGAAAUGUCUGCAGUGUGAGGAGAUGCUGAAGAUGUACUUAAAGUACAAAACUACUGAACAGUACAGAACUACUGACAUUGCAGGAAGUCAGACUCCACCUGUUGUUCAUAUGUUUGCAAAGAAAUCAGUAAGAGACUCGAGUGAGCUGAUCCUGACCUGCCUGAUCACGGGAUUCUACCCCAAAGACGUGAAGAUGAGUCUGAGGAAGUUCACCACUUCAUUUCCUGAACAUCUGAUCACAUCUUCUGAAAUCAGACCCAAUGAUGAUGGAACCUACCAGCUGAGGAAGAGUGUGGAGAUACAGGAAGAUGAUCCAGCAGAUUAUUACUGUUACGUGUCUCACAGCUCCCUCACAGAACCAGUGAUUAAACAAUGGGAUGGAAAAUGCACCGACUGCCCAAACAACUUCUCUCAUGGUUUAUUUAUAAUAGUUGUUGUCUCAGGGUUUGUGGUGCUUCUGUGGUCUGUGAUGCCCUUUCUUCUGAUUGUUAAGACCCGUCUGAGAAAAAGAGAAGCAGAUCUACGCAAAGUAUUUAAACAAAUCAGGUACUCAGGUGAAAAACAGGUGAACUUCCCAGACAAAGUCUAUCUGUGUUUAAUAAUUGGAGUUUCGGUCUCGGGGGUUUUGGCGGUUCUUGUUUUUUUGAUGCUCUGUGUUCUGGUGAUAAUAAACAUUGCAACAUGCCCUGACUGCACAGACCACAUCUCUCAGGGUUUAAUGAUUGGAGGUGUGGUCUCAGGGAUGUUGGUCCUCCUGUGUCCUGUGAUCCUCUGUGUGCUAAUAAGGAAAAUAAUAAAGUAUAAAAGAUGGACUGACUUCCUUUAUAACAUCUACUGGGGUUUAAUAGUUGGAGUUGUGGUGCUUGUGCUGAUCCUGUAUUCUGUGACCCUUGCUGUUCUGAUAUGGAGAAUAAAAAAGUAUGGAAGAAGGACUAACCACCUUAACCACAUCUAUUGGGGUUUAAUGAUUGGAGUUGUGGUGGUUGCGCUGAUCAUAUAUUUUGUGAUCCUUGGUGUUCUGAUGAUAAAAAAGAGGGACAACAAGAAACCACUUCAUCAACAAGCAGAUGAAAUAGAACUUAAUUAUCCUUCUGCCAAUCCAGCUAAAGGUCCUGCUACCAACCCACCUAAAGGUCCUGCUACCCAUCUACCUGAAGGUCCUGCUGCCAAUAAACAGCCACCCAAUGGAUAAGAUGUACUAUUAACCAUACAGUCCACACUGUGGUUUACUCUUACAGACCGUUCUACACCACUACUGAAAUGUUGUGCUUUCUGAAGCUCAGUGUUGCAGCAAGUCCGGACCGUGGUCUGAACCGUGGUUCAUGUGUUGCUACAUUGUAUACAUUGUGUAUAUUUGGUCCGCUUAUUUUUGUUUUCACACUGCAGUUUAGGGAGCGCACCAAAUACCUUUGUGUGAUACUCGAGGUCUAGGAUUGAGCUCUUUAAUCUUGCCUUGCCGUAAAAUUGUGUAAAUUGUAUUAAUUUGUGUGUAAUUUGUGCAAAUAUAUAUAUAUAUAUAUAUUUUUUUUUAUUAUUAUUAUUAUUGUGUAUUUUGCUGUGCAAUAUGAAUGUGUAAGAAGGCAACCUAUACCGCCAGUCUCCAGCAAAGUGGCAGAGCUGGUUGGUCUGGGACAAAAGACUCAGUAUGCCCUGCUGACUAGGCUCAGCUGUGUGACACUGUAUAAAGACCCAGUGAAACCUCAGUUCUCUGUCGCACCUUUGUAGAGGAGUGAGGACCAGUAUUCAAGUAUUCAAGUAUUCAAGUGAACUUUAUUGUCAUUCAGACUUUACUACAGAGUGCAUAGUUGAACGAGAUUGCGUUUCUCCAAACUCCAAUGUGCAGAAAAAAAACACAUAAAAACACAGACAUACAACUAACAUGACAUAAAUAACAAAUUGACAGUGCAGAUGCAGAAUAGGGGUAAUAUAUGCAUGUAUGUAUAUUGCACAAUGUCAUAAUAUAAUAUUGCACAUUAUAGCAAUAACUUACCUAAGCUAUAUAAAAUAAGUAAACAUAACACUGUAAACUUGAAAUGUGUAAAGUGAUAAAGUGACAAAGUGCUUAAUUUUAAAGAAAUAAGUCUAUUGCACAGAAUUUGAAGCAUUUAAAGGAUAUUAAUGGCAGAGAUUUUAUUAUUUUGUACAGUUUCAUGUGAAUAUGUGGUGAGGACCAUAAGUGUUCAGUAUUUGUUGAGUGAUCAAGAGUUUAAGUCUUUAAGUCUGCUCAUCCGGAAGUGUUUAGCAGUCUGUUUAGCAGUAACAGCUGGUGACAAAACACUGUUUUUCACUUUUUUGGGGGCAAGUUUUCUUUGCUCUUAUUUUAAGGUGCGCUUUUAAAGUGCCGUUUCAGUGCUCAACUCACCCAGCUCCAGUGGUGCCUUGGUAUCAAACUGGCUCACAAUCCCUGUGGGUGGGAGUUCAACCUUGUGUGCUUUUAUUAUGUAAAUUAAUAAAUUUAUACAUCUAAA